AUGGGAAGCAAGGCAGCGCCGCCGCCGCUGGCUGAACACCACUCGUCGCCUGUCAUGGCGGCCUCCGCCACCACCGACGGUCCACCCUUCCCCAUCUACAUCUCAUCCGACGAGGACGAGGACGUAGCAGUCCUUGGCUCCUCCAGCAGCCCCGAGGAGAUCCAGAUCCAGCAGGCCAUCCUCCUCUCCAUCGGCCUCUCGCUUGACACGACCGGCAUCCCCUCCUCCUCGGCCUCCCUCUCCGGAACCGACGUCGCCAUGCGCAAAGGCAAGCGUAAACUACGAUCGGAGUCGCCACAUGAAGUCAUAGAUAUAGAUGAUAAUGAUAGGCAAGAAGUCAUCGAUGUAGACGACGAUGACAGCCUGAUCUUCAUCAAAGAGACGGGCAGCGGGAAGUCGAGAAAACCACGUAACGGCGGCCUGUUGGAGGUCGGCGAAGGUUCCCACAGCGCCACGAUCAUGAAAGAGUUCUACUGCACAAUCUGCAUGGAGACGCUCCCCGGCGUCGAGCGCUUCCCCGUCGCCGGGUGCGCGCACGCCUUCUGCGCGGGCUGCGUGAGGCAGUACAUCGCGGCGAGGGUCGAGGACAACCUGCUGUCCAUGGGCUGCCCCGAUCCGGGCUGCAAUGGCGGCGUGCUGCACCCGGAGGAAUGCCGGGACAUCGUCCCGCCUCAGCUGUUCCAGCGCUGGGGCGCCGCGCUCUGCGAGCUGGCGCUCGGGGAACUCAAGUUCUACUGCCCCUUCAAGGACUGCUCGGCGCUGCUGAUCGACGACGACCCCGGGCCCGGCGACGGCGGCGCGGAGGCGCUCACGAACGUGGAGUGCCCACACUGCAACCGCAUGUUCUGCGCGCAGUGCAAGGUGCCGUGGCACGACGGCGUGGACUGCGCCGAGUUCCAGCGGCUCGGGAAGGACGAGCGCGGGCGGGAGGACCUGCUGCUGAGGAAGGUCGCGCAGGAGAGGAGGUGGCAGAGGUGCCCCCGGUGCAAGAUGUACGUGGAAAGGGUGGCCGGCUGCCAGCACAUGAGCUGCAGGUGCGGGCACUCCUUCUGCUACCUUUGCGGCGGCUCCACGAGGAGCGGUGGACAUCGUUGCAAAGGCAGGCGUACUGCUUACUGAUCUGCAUGGUGAAUGAUCUGAAGAUCGAUGCUCAAGUCGAACGGGUACUUGAGGGGAAGGAAAUUACUACUAUCAGUGGUGACCUAGUGAGCAAUGCCCCUGCAUCUCUGAUGCCAUUUUGAGAAGUACGCAUGAUCACCUCUAUCGUGGCAUGAUUGAGACUAGCUUGGGCUUGUCAUUUUCUGUAAAUUUGUUAUGGUUACUUGUGCGAAGGAGCUACUAGAAGGCAGCUCAUGUGGUCCUAUAUCGUGGGA